AUGAUGAUGAACUGCUCCAUGCCUCCGCCGGAUCUCACGGUGACGUCAUCGAUUAUGUCAAUCGUUCUCUGCUAUUGUGUUGUAUUCAUUAUUGCUUUCAUCGGGAAUGUCACUAUGUUCCUUAUCCUGUGCCGGAAUCAAUGGAUCAAAAAACGUCGGGUCCAUUCGUUGUUAUUGCAAAUGAACAUUGCCCAUUUAAUGGUCACAUUACUCUACAUGCCUAAAGAGAUUCUACAUAAUUACACCAUAGCCUGGCAUGGCGGUGACAUUUUAUGCCGGACAUGCAAAUUUUUCGAUGUGUUUGGUGUUGCUUUAUCGGUGAACAUUCUGAUUUGUAUUUCACUGGAUCGAUUCUAUUCAAUCUUCUUCCCACUUUAUGCGAUGCGAGCCAGAAAAAGCGUUCAGAAGAUGGUAAUCGUCGCAUGGGUUACCUCAUUUGCUACCAGUGCCCCUCAGUUCUACCUCUUCAAAACUGCCACUCAUCCAUGUUUUCCAUCGUAUACACAAUGUGUGUCACGGAAUCUCGUCAAUGAAGUCUCCACUGGAGUAGUCUUCUAUUUCUCAAUACUCAAUAUUGUUCAAGUAUAUUUCUUUCCAUUAAUCGUCACGGUCGUUUGUUACUCCCUUAUUCUUUGGAAAAUCUCGGAGGAAUCAGCAACAAAGAAGAAAGCCUCCGAAGUUUCGUCGGAUACUUUACUACGGCGGAGUGGGUUGCAAACAUUGCAGCGGGCACGAAGUCGAACAUUGAGGAUGACGUUUGUGAUUGUACUGGCGUUCAUAUGCUGUUGGACACCGUAUGCAAUCAUGAUGUUCUUACAUUUCCUAACGAAAACGGACUGGAUUCCAAAAGAUGUUCGGAAGUUUAUCUAUGCGUUCGCCGUGUUCAAUUCGGCAAUCUCUCCUUAUCUCUACGGUUACUUCUCAUUUGAUCUAAAAAAGGAAUUGAAACUGUUAAUUACUUGCUCACGAAACUCAGCAUCAGAAAAGAAUCUCUCAUGUUCAGCAAAUACUGUACGCAACAACACAUCUAAGCGGCUACGUAAGCGUAGCGCAAGUGCCACCCACCUCGACGUAAUGACGUCUAAACUACUACCGCCAACUCAGAAUAUUCGUGCACAUUCUCUUCGAGAUAGCCGAAAGCAAUCACCGUCUUCUACUGAGAAUCUGACGUCCGAAAAACCUAUCCGGAUAUGA